AUGGGUCAGAUUGGAUGGCAAAAUCGUAAUUAUAACAGGCGGAGCGAGCGGGAUAGGAGCGGAAUCGGCGAGGCUGUUCACGGAACACGGCGUGACGGCGCUCGAGUUGUCAUUGUAGACGUGCAAGACGAACUCGGCCAAAACGUGGCCGAGACUAAAGUCGAAAACGCCGUUAACUUCACCGUCAAGAAACACGGCAAGAUCGACGUUCUGUUCAGCAACGCCGGCGUUUUAGAGCAGCAAGUCAGCAUCCUCAACCUGAACCUCGACGAGCUCGACAGAGUCAUGGCCGUAAACCUCCGUGGCUCGGCGGUGUUCAUAAAACACGUGGCGGGAGCCAUGGUGAAGAGCGGGACACGUGGCUCGAUCGUGUGCACUACGAGCGUUGCGGCGGAGAUCGUGGGUAACACACCGCACGGUUACACGGCGUCGAAACACGGGCUCUUGGGUUUGGUGAGAUCGUCCGCCGGAGAGUUGGGGAAACAUGGGAUCAGAGUCAACGGUGUUGCGCCGUUUGGGAUCGCGACGCCGUUGGCUUGCGACGGUUACAAGAUGGAGGCGAGUGAGAUGGAGGAGAUGUUCAGUUUAACGGCGAAUCUGAAAGGAGUUGUGCUUAAGGCUAGACACGUGUCGGAAGCUGCUCUGUUUCUUGCUUCUGAUGAUUCUGCUUACGUGAGUGGCCAUAACCUCGCAGUCGACGGUGGUUACACCGUCGUUAAGCCUUAA